CGCAGCCAUGAGCGAGGGCAGUGCGGCGCAGCGGUGCGGGGCGCUCAUGACCUGGCUGCAGAUAUUCAAUGUCCCUUCUCCUUGUGCAACAGAACAGGAUUUGGCCAGCGGGGUCACCAUUGCCCAGGUGCUGCAGAAGAUAGAUCCCUCCUGGUUCAAUGAAACAUGGCUCCUGCGAAUUAAAGAUGAUGCUGGAGACAGCUGGAGGCUGAAGAUGAGCAACUUGAAGAAGGUCCUUCAGAGUGUAGUUGAAUAUUCUCAGGAUGUCUUGGGCCACCAAGUCCCUGAGCAUCUAUUGCCAGAUGUGGCGCUGGUUGCUGAGCUGUCUGACACAGCUGAACUGGGCAAGUUGCUACAGCUGGUGUUAGGCUGUGCCAUCAGCUGUGAGAAGAAGCAAGAUCAUAUCCAGCAAAUCAUGACCCUAGAGGAGUCUGUACAACAUGUUGUUAUGACAGCAAUACAAGAGUUGUUGACCAAAGAUUCAUCGGACACACUAAGCUCAGAGACAUAUGGGAACUUUGACAGCCAGAGCAGGGAGGGAUGGUGGCUCAGUGAGGCUGAGCAGGGUGAUACUGACCUGCAAGAGUGUCUUAUUCUCUCCAUCUGCUCAGAUCUCCUCCUGGUGGAAGAGAAGAAUACGCUGGUGCUGGAGAACAAGACCCUGCGGGAUCAGAAAAACUCUUUGGAGUCAGAUGCUGCCGGCCUCACUGGCAAGAAGUUGCUACUGCUUCAGACCCAGAUAGAGCAGCUGCAAGAGGAGAACUUCAGGCUGGAUAGUGGCAGAGAUGACUUCCGAGCCCGCUGUGAAGAUCUAGAGAAGGAGGUGCAAGAGUUGCAGCACCGUAAUGAGGAGCUGACCAGCCUGGCCGAGGAAGCGCAAGCCCUGAAAGAUGAAAUGGACGUGCUGCGCCACUCGUCAGACAGGGUGGGGCGCCUGGAGGCCAUGGUGGACUCGUAUAAGAAGAAGCUGGAAGAUCUGGGUGACCUGCGACGGCAGGUUCGGCUGCUCGAGGAGCGGAACACAGUCUACAUGCAGCGCACUUGUGAGCUGGAGGAGGAGUUGCGGCGUGCCAAUGCUGUGCGCACACAACUGGAGGCACAUAAGAGGCAGGUCCAGGAGCUCCACAGCAAACAUGCAGAGGAAGCUUUGAAGGCAGAGAAGUGGCAGUUCGAGUUCAAGAACCUCAAGGAAAAGUUUGAGGCAGUGGUAAAAGAGAAAGAGAGGCUGACUGAAGAACGGGAUGCCCUCCGAGAGGCCAACGAAGAGCUGCGAUGUGCUCAGGUGCAGCAAAAAUUCCUAAACCAAGCGGAUACCAUGUUAGAAGAAAUUGCUUCUCCUGUGGACAACUUGGCUGCUGAGAUAUUGCCAGCGGAACUCAAGGAGACCAUUGUGAGGCUACAGCAUGAGAACAAGAUGCUCUGUGCUCAGGAGCUGUCGUAUCGAACACAGCAAGCUGAGCUGCAGGUGUUGCUGGAAGAAUCAAACCGGACUAAGAACCAGCUGGAGGCUCAGCAAAGACUGAGUCAGCAGCAGGUUUCAGAGCUCAAAGUUCAAGUGGAAGAGCUCCAGAGGGCCCUUCAAGAGCAAGGAAGCAAGGCAGAAGAUUCUUCCCUGCUGCAGAAGAAGCUGGAGGAGCACCUAGAAAAAUUGCAUGAAGCCCAUGCAGAGCUACAGAAGAAAAAAGAAUGUCUGGACGAACUGGAGCCCAAAGUGGAUAGCACUACUGCUAAGAAGAUUGAUGAACUACAGCAGUCUUUGAAAAAGAAAGAUGAAGACAUGAGAGCCAUGGAGGAGCGAUACAAACGCUAUAUGGACAAGGCUUGUACUGUCAUCAAGAAACUGGAUCCCAAGCAGCAGCCUCAUGUCAUUCCCCUUGAGAUCCAGGCUCUCAAAAGCCAGCUGCAGGAAAAAGAUAAGAAGAUAAACCAUUUGGAGACUGAUUUUGAGAAGACAAAAUCUCGACAGGAACAAGAAGAAAAGCUCAUAAUUUCUGCCUGGUAUAACAUGGGCCUGGCAUUGCACCAGCGAGCCACAGAGGAGCGGUCGCCCACCUCUACAGCUGUCCAGUCCUUCUUGGCCCAGCAAAGAUUGGCUACCAAUGCUCGACGAAGCCACCUGAGCAGGGCUCAGCCCUUGCUGCUCCGAUACACUGGCCCCGACAAGGCUUCUCAAUUGCCCUGAUCUAGCUAAGCUGUCCCGUGACUCUGAGCGAAUGUUUGUUUUGGACUCAGUGUCCAAAGUGGGUAUAACCUGUGUCUCAUGCAAUAGCAUCUCCUUGGGGGAAAGUUAAGCAUCCAUUUUCCUGCUGGAAUUAAUUCUCUGCUGCUUAAAAUUCCUCUUAUGCCAAGCCAUGGUCUUUUGGGGUGUCCACUGACGAGUCAUGGACAGCAGUGACCGACACUUCCCUAGUGGAUUCAAACCUGCCUACUCCCUUUCCCACCAGAGUUUGGGUCUCUGGAGGGGGGGCGGAGCCAGUGCCCUAAUUGAUGGGAAGCAAAGCACCUUUUCACUGCCCGUCCUUACCUGUCUCUCCUCAAGUUCUGAUUCAUAGAUGACUUGUGUAUCUUAAUAUUUUAAAGCACUCCUUCCCCGAGUACCUCAUCUUUGUCUGGGCCAUCCAAGGUUGUCCUUGACUGUUGCAGUCCCCCCCCCACCCCCGCCAACUUCGAUGGAAUGUGUAAAGGUUCCUCCAAGUGUUAUUAGGGUGUAGAUUCCAGUCCCAUGUGCAGCUUUGAAGGCAGCACCUCCCUCUUUUCCCUUCCCAUUUUUUCCCUCCAGCCCCUGCAGUGUCUGAGCCACAUCUGCCAGACGUUUGUCUUGGUGGCUGACAGCUCCCUUCCAAGAAGGGACUGGGCCUUGGAAAACCAACCAACACUGAAUGAUAAGAGCCUGCAGUCCUGUCCAUUAAUAGCUUGUGUGUAUUUGGUCUUCCCAGUAAUAUUUUGAAUAUUUUUCCCCCCCUUUUUCCAAGUGUGUCUGUUUUUCCAAUUAGUAUGUAUCCCCUUUUUGGAUUAUGUUUCCAUUCUGGUGAGAACUGUUGAGAUGCAGUAUUCUUUUUAAACCUGUUCUUUAGAAGUUUUGAUUUUUUUUUUUUAGUAAAAAAAAAAAAUCGUAGUUUUAAUGCUGUAAAUUAUACGUUUUGUAAAGCUAUCUUACCAGUCCGAGCAGACAUCUCUUUAUUUUUCUAUGGGAUAGACACCUGGUUUACAAUUAUAUGAGGGGAAAGUCUAGAAUCUUUACACUACAAAUAAAAACAUUAACAUCUUU